UGUGAAAGUCAAAUUUAGACAUUCAUAGACACAUAGUUCCAUGAUCUACUCAUCUUGACUUGGCUUAGGUCUAGAUUUCUAUAUUAUAGAUCUAAAGAUGACAGACUAGAUUUUUUUUUGUUCGUGAUUUAGAUCUAUCUAGUCUAUAUCUAGAGUCUUUGUAGAUUAGUAUCAUUAGUAAUUAUAAUAUGUGAAAUGGUUGUUCAAAAAGCUCGUCAUUUAAUAAUUAGAAAUAUUCAAAAGAUUUCUUGUGUCAGCAAAAGACACCAUAAUUAUGAUGGAGAAGCUGUUGCUAAGUCUAAUUUGGCUAUGAUUGCCCAAGAAGAUAAAAAUCACACCUACAUUCAGGCAUAUAGCAGCUAUGGUUUCAGACUUGUAUCUGGGUUUAGUAUUCAUGGAUCUUGUGCUAUAUUUCCUCGUGCCAUUCUACAUUGGAAUGUUAAAUCAGCUGACAAAAUCACUCCAGAAUCUCUAUCAUUGUUUACAUUGUUGGAACCAAAAUUAGAUAUUCUGGUUAUUGGCAAGGGUGAUUGGAAUGCUUCAGUAGAUUACAACGCAAUCAGGUUUCUAAGAACUCACAAAUUGAAUUUUGAAAUUCUUCCUACAGAACAAGCAUGCUCAACCUUUAACUUUCUGAAUGCCGAGAGGCGAGUUGUAGCAGCUGCUUUGAUCCCACCCAAAGUGUUGACAAGUCCUAUGGAUGAAGCUCACCAGAAACUUAUGCUGGAUCUAGCGGAACUAGACCAGAUUCAAAGUAUUGAGGAUCUUCAUGAUGCGGAAAUGGCAGAGGUUGUCAAACAAAUUAACUCAGGUGAAUUUGCCCAAAAAAGAGCAAAACUCGAUGAGGUAAAAUCAAAGCUGAGUGAGCAAAAUGAAUUGGAUGAGGACACUAAAAAGGAUAGGUAAUAGAUAUUCAUUGAUCAUUUUACUUGUAUAUUCAAAUAUCUUUGUGUUUUAAAAUUUGUAAUACAAUACAGUGAAACUCACUUGGAUGCCUACAUUGUGUUAGCUGGGGCUUUUAUCUAUAGCAGACCCUAUUGUCUCAUCAGUAACGUCCAAUCCAGUAUCAUAAAGUGUCAAGAAGAGGAAGACAUAGUUGUUGUUUUUUUGUAUUACAAACUGAAAUAUCGUUUUUUUUAUAUAAAUUAAAUCUUCUUCUGUAAUAUCUUUUGCAAACUGAGCCAAGGAAAAAUAGUGUGCUGUUUUCUUUAGUUGUUCAGCACUGUCAUACAGAGUGUUUGUGAACUUAGCCCUUUGUCCUUUUAUGAAAUUCUGUUUGCAUUUGUACACAUUGGAUUUGAAAGUUAUUGUGCAUUUUGUAGUUCAGCGUUGGCCUUUAAAGGUAGUGCACUAUGUCACGGGGUCUCCCGACUUGUUCUCUCUAAUGCCAGCUUCGCCAGGUGAAAAGAGAUGAAACACAUCAUGAUAUGUGCCCAUCCCCACCCGACUCGACACACUACAGGGCAUAUAUAUUCUGUCGUCUUUAUGAAGUCAUUGACAGAAUUGAGUUGACAUUGUAUGUUUAUCUGAUGCUUAUUAUAAAUAAAAGAUAUACAUCUUUAUGCUGUCAAGCAAUGAAAGAAUUGAGUUGAUAAUGUAUGUUAUUCUGAUGAUUAUUAUAAAAGAUAUACAUUACAUACUUGAGAUCAGGGGUGCCACUUUUCCGGAAUAACCCGGAAAUCCGGGUUUUGAGGGGUCCCAUUUUCCCCCCCUCCGGGUUUGCCUUCUACAAUUUUGUUAAAAUCCAGGGUUUUAUUUGAUUUAGAUUUUUUCGAAAUUUCUGGUCAUUUGUUAGUUCCGAUCGCGCGAGCCGCCAUUUUUAAACAAAAUCGACCCGUCUCAUAUCUCGCGAUUCGCGAGACUUUCACUUUGCAUGCGCACUAAGCUUUAUUUACCGGCACAGUAUUUUUUUUUUAAGUGACAAAAAAGUGUAAACAUUCUAGAUUCUAGAUCUAUAAAGAAUUUCUAGAUCUACGGAACGCGCCUCGAAUCGGCUCGAUUUAGAGUCUAGAUCUAUUUCUAUUAUCAAUAUAGAACUGAUCUAGACUGUAAAGUCUUGUAUUUAGUAUAGAUAUAGUCUAGAAUAGUCUAGAUCUACUCGCGUACCUCGCGGCUAGUCCUAGAUCUAGAAAUAGAAAGAAAAAAAAAAUUCACGAGUGAGAAUUUUUUUUUUUUCUUUCCGUGUUUUAUAUUUUAAUAUUUGUAUAGGUUCCAUAUAGACAUAGAGCCUUAGCCUAUUCACCUAUUGGCCUAUGUCUAGACUAGUCUAGAGCUAUAUUGGUCUAGAGUAUUAUAGAAGUAGGAUCUAGAUUUAGGAUAUUUACAUCGUUUUUAGAUCAGAACUAGAUCUAGAUCUAGAAUCAAUGAUUGAAGAAUUAAAUUAGUAAGUUUGCGUUCGCCUGAAGACUUAGACUUAGACUACUUAGAGGCUAGAAAAAAUAGAUCGAUUGGUCAAUAGAUCUUGAUUUAUACAAAUAAAUUAUAAUUAUGUAUAAGCAGUCCAGCACAUUCUAGCCAUCUAGGUCUACAUUUAAAUAUUAGAAACUAAAUCUAAAUGUUCAUUUUGGAGUAGAUCUGGACUAAAUCUCAAAUCAAUUUGAUCUUGUUACAAUAGAUUGACAGGUCCAUGAAUGUACAUUGAUGGAAUCAGUUUGAUCAAUGUUGAUGAAAGUUUAAAGUAGGCUGCUUCAAAGGAAUAAUGAGGGAAAACAUGUUAAGAGAGAAACAUUAUUAAAAAUAACUGUGUACAAACAUUAUUAAAUAUAAAAUUGUACUAAAUCCUGUUAACUUGUAUUACAAGCUUUAUCAAUAAAUACACACAAACUCUAUUUAUUAUAAUGAUAGGCUUACUAAUUACAUAUUUAAAACAUGGUAUAGAUCUAGGUAGUAAUUUAAUACUGUUCUUCUUUCGUAAAAUUUUGGUGCUUAAAUUGUAUAUGCGGUACGUUUCAGGGUUGGUAAAGUUUAGGGUUUAUGAUUUCAGGGUUAGGCUUACUAAUUACAUAUUUAAAACAUGGUAUAGAUCUAGGUAGUAAUUUAAUACUGUUCUUCUUUCGUAAAAUUUUGGUGCUUAAAUUGUAUAUGCGGUACGUUUCAGGGUUGGUAAAGUUUAGGGUUUAUGAUUUCAGGGUUUGUAAAAUUUGGAAAUUCAGGUUUCAGGGUUUACUUGGUCUCAUGGGUGGCACCCCUGCUUGAGAUGUUUGACUUAAAUUUUCAUUUUUACAUUGUGAUAAUAUUAAUUGUGCACAGGUAAUAAAAUAUAAAGAAAAGGUUAUUUUAGCCUUUAUUUCAAAUGUGUUUUUUUUUUCUGUUUAAGCGAAAUUGUGAAAUUAAUUUUUGACGUUCUCCUAGUGAAUAAAUUGUUAUACCUUAACAUCAUAGAUGCUGAAAUGAUUUAUACAGUUUUCUCCCUUAGAUAUAUCCUUGGUUUUAUUAACCUAAUUAUUUUCUUUUAUGAAUGCACAUGUGUAACUUAUAUGAUAAGAUUGAUAAGAUACAUUGGCGUAGCUAGGGUGGGUCCAAAUUUGAAAGUUCCCCGGGGCCCCCAAAUGAAUGUCCUUAAAAAUAUUUUACAUUAAAUAUUACGCCACUGCCAUGUAAUCUUACUAGACAACAUUGAUCUAGAUGAUGUUAUAGAUGCCUGUGCUGCACAGACAGCAUGACGUGGGGCAAUAGGAAUUGAGAUUUGUCACUUGUGCAUUAUCUCGCCAAUAAACAACGGUAUUAUUCAUUUAAA